GUACAUUUCCAAACGUACAUUUUGAAAUGGCGAUUGGCAAAAUUGUGAUUGAAUCAAUUUAUUUUUACGCCCGAUAAUUACUAUUUUAUAACUAAAUAAUGUAUAUUUUGUAUUCUUCUUGUGAUAUAUGCUUCUAUUUACUAGAGGAGAUGUGAUUACGUUGUUAUAAAAGUUAACUAUGAUAAACCAAACUUCGUAAUUUGACUUGAUUACUAUUGGAUUUCACUAUUUAUAUUAAAAUAACUCCUAACCGAACGCCAAAAAUGAACUGUGGUCCGGGAGGCGGCGGCGCGGCGGGCGGAGGGCCCUACGAGUCCAAGAUCGCUGGUCUCUACGACCUGCUGGACACACUCGGCUCAGGACACUUCGCAGUAGUCAAGCUGGCCAGACAUGUAUUUACCGGGGAAAAGGUUGCGGUGAAAGUUAUUGACAAGAGCAAACUGGAUGAAGUCUCAAAAUCACAUUUGUUUCAAGAGGUCCGCUGCAUGAAACUUGUCCAACACCCCAAUGUAGUCAGACUGUACGAGGUGAUAGACACACAAACCAAAUUGUAUUUGAUAUUGGAAUUGGGAGAUGGAGGAGACUUGUACGACUACAUCAUGAGACACGAAACUGGAUUAUCUGAAUCUCUAGCACGAGACUACUUCCGACAAAUAGUUCGAGCAAUAUCAUACUGCCACAGGUUACAUGUAGUCCACCGAGACUUGAAACCUGAGAAUGUUGUAUUUUUCGAAAGGCUAGGAGUAGUUAAAUUAACAGACUUUGGUUUUAGCAAUAAAUUCUGUCCAGGACAAAAAUUAGAAACAUCUUGUGGGUCAUUGGCUUAUUCCGCCCCCGAGAUCCUUUUAGGUGAUUCGUAUGAUGCGCCAGCAGUGGAUGUGUGGUCCCUGGGGGUGAUUCUCUACAUGCUGGUCUGUGGGCAGGCGCCGUUCCAAGAAGCCAAUGACAGUGAAACACUGACAAUGAUCAUGGACUGCAAAUAUGUCAUACCUCCGCAUAUAUCAAGUGGUUGUAAAAGGUUAAUAGGCAGAAUGUUAGUUAGAGCGCCAGAAAAGCGGGCGACACUCCCUCAAAUAGCGGCAGACCCGUGGGUGACGGCAGGCCAGGGCAUGGCUGCCGCAGACUUCGAUACACCGCUAGUGGCGAAAGAAGAGCUGUCUGAGGAAGACCGCACAAUGAUUAUACAGAAAAUGGUGAACGGACAAAUUGCCUCGAAAGAAGAGAUCGCGGAUGCGCUAGAAAAGAAUGAAUAUAACCAUAUAACGGCCACGUAUUUUUUAUUAGCUGAAAGGAAAUUGAGAUCGAAACGACAAGAAGAGUCGCUGGCUCGUCGUCCCGAAGUUCUGAGCGUGCUGCGAGUGAGCUCCGCCAAGACCGCCGGCUCCAACCUGCUGGCGCCGCCGCCCGCGCCGCACGCGCCGCGCACGCCUCAGGACGUGCCGCCGCGUUCCCGCAAAUGCAGCAUAGUCCGUGAAGAAGAAGACGACGAGGAGCCGUGCCCCCCCCGCCGCCCCUCGCGCUCCGAGGGGCGUCUGCACCUCGCGGCGCGCCUGCGCGACCAGCGCCCCGCCGCGCUCGCAGACAACCUUACUAAGGUGAACCUUGAUGAUGAGGCGAUGGGCGCGGCGCGCGGGCCGCCCCCCGCCCCGCCCCCCGCGCGCCGCCACCGCCGCCGCCCGCGCGCCGGUUCCUGCUCCUCCUCCGACCUCUCCGACGACGACUCGGAGAAGAAGAAGCGAGCAGCCGCGGCCAGCACCGACGCGCCGCCGGCCCGCGCGCGCCGCGACUCGCACGACGACUCCAGCGACGGGCAGGAGCGCGGCGCGGGGGCCGGGGCGGGGGGGGCACGGGGCCGCCUGGCGCCCGGCGGCGGCGGCGCGCUGCCCGGGGCGGGCGGCGGCGCGGGCGCGGGCGGGGACGCGGCGGGGGGCGGCGGCGGCGCGGGGGGUGGGCGCCGGCGCCGCGCGGCCCGCAAGGAGUCCCGCCUGCGCGAGUCGCGCUCGCUGAACCGCAUCGCGGAGGUGGAGGAGGCGGGCGCGCGGUGGGGCGGGGGCGGGGGACUGGCGGCGCUGUGCUCGCGCCCGCUGCUGCGCCUGCUGGCGGCCGCGCGCGCCCCGCCCGCCGCCGCGCGCCGCCUGCCCGGCCUGUGCUAGCCGCCCGACCUGGAUUCAUACGCAAAACUCUAGAGAUUUCAUACGUAGCUCUUAUUUAUUGUAGGAACUUUAAUUCAGGUUUUGAUGUUAAUUAUCGGUUCAAAUCUCAACUUUAAUUUCUAGUCUGCUGCUAUUCUGUCUUACGGUAAAUCGUAUGUAGCCAGUUUUGAAAUUAUGAUGUUAUCGGGUGUUAUAGUAAUGUUAUUAUAUAGGUGCUCCAUUUCGUCAGUAACAUUUGAAUGUGUGCACUAAUAGAUGACGCACGUUGACCCUGUUGUUAUGAUCACGUUGUGUUUCUGUGUACUAUGAAAUUUAUAUCAUAAAGGUUUUAAUAGAUGUAAGAACUUUCAUUUUGUAAAUCAGUGACUAUAGGCUUGUUAUAAACAUACCUAAGAACAGAUUAUUUUGCUGACUAAUCGUCAUACAUUAAAGUUCGUAAUAUCAUCAACGUAAUUGAGGUGUUCUAGAAAAUAAAUUUAUUGAGUAUCGAUUCAAAGAAACUAGUAAGUAACUUUCUUGAAGUGGAAAUUUCUAAGUAGCAGCUACAACUACAAUGCUGUGUCUAUCGGGAUCUCAGUGGAGGCCAAAUAUACAUAUAUAAAUUAUAGAGAGAUUCUAUUUUUUGUUGUUGAACUUUAUUUUCUUUCUCUCAUAAUAUUAUAAUCAGCAACAACAUACUAUAUUUAUGUGCGUAAUGAAAUCAAACACACGCGUAGGUACAACUCAGCUGUGAUCCCGUUAGGCGAACUUAGUUUUCACUGAUUUGGAGGUGUGAAUGCGUUUGGAACUAACAUCAGCUUUGUUACAACUAACAAGCCUUUAAUGUACUUAUGCAUUUUACAUAAGAGAGGUAACCUGGAGACAGCCUUCGUGCUACAAUAAUCUUCACCUAUUAUACUUAAUAGAAGUACAUGCAAUAAUAAAAUAUCCCUAUCUUAUAAGGUUAUUAACAAAUUAAAUAUUCCAAAGUAAGACCUUUAAAAAUCAUUAAAAAUUAACCAUGCAUUUCAUUGAUAGAGCGAUUCGUACUUUUUCUUUCGUGUUAAUUGUAAUUAUUUGUUACUCAGUUCUUAUCAAUGGCAUAUACCCAUACUUACAUUAUCUAUAGUGUACAUAUUGUUGUAAAUAAAUUAUAUAGUCUAUCAAAUAUGAAAUUUUUAGUUACUUCUAGUUAAUCAUCGAUGGAAAUAGUAUUGUACCUAGUUUCUAUCAGUCCAUUAUGUUUAAACAUUGUAUGUUCUCGAUUAACUUUUAGCUCAUAAAUGGUGGUUUGUCGCAACACAAACAAGACCAAAGAUAAAUCAUACAUAAUGUGUAAUGCAAUGUCUUUGAAAGGUGCCAACUUCUAUAAACUUUGAUUUCACAAAUACAUUUUGAUUUGUAGGAAUUAUUACUGUAAUGGUGCUUUCUUGUAUAAUGUUUACAGCUGAUGCAGAACAGGAUUACCAGAUGUUUGUUAUUCACUAGUACCUAAACAGUAGGUAGAUAACUAUUCUACAAGAUCUUAUACCUACUGCAUUUCUGCUGUGUCAUGUCAUGAAUUAUUUUUACUUGACUAAUAUUAAUAUUAGAACUAAGCUUUUCGCCACUGUCGCCGGAAGGCAGUCAGCGGACUUCAGACUCUGAGAGCAAAGAAUGCCGAUUUUAAUUGUUUUUUCUUCUCUAUUUUGUAAUUUUCGGUUGUUAUUGCUGCUUGUAAGCGGUGGAAGGAUGUAGCGGGGUCGGAUACGUGGAGCACUACGUAGGGCGUGGUAAUUGUGUGAAGCUGUUAGAUGGCGUCAAUUCGCUUCUUGCGGUGUUAGCGGCAGUGUACGGUUGUGGUAGUCUGAUGCCACUUGCUUGAAGCAAGUAUUGCAAUAUUUAACAAAAAUAAGAGAGUUAUACUAUAAUUAUGUAGGUAUAGCCUAUUGUAAUGGCAAGAUUUUUAUGUGUUUCAGUCAGUUUACUUCUACAACUCAUGGUCGAUACGACGGAUAGCUCAUGGUAUCAUUUCGUAUUUAUAUGUAUUGUAAGUUUGUAAACACUUUUUUCUUAUAUACAAAAAUUUUACUGCAAUAACAGUUUUACUGUUGAAAGCUAAUGUCGGAGGAACACUCAGAGCUUUGUAAUUUGUACAUUUGUAUUACAUUUUUAAUGAUGUAUAUUAUGUAUCUGUUAUUGGAGCUAUCAUGUAAGUUAUGAUAGAGGGAUAGCAUUUUAACCGAUAUUCUAAUUAGUACUUGUGUACCUGCAGCCAUAUGUACUUGGCGUUAAUUUAAGCUAUUGCUAAUGUCCAAAUCUAUAGGAAACAUAAAAGUAUCGUUUUUUUCUGUUUUUGCUUUUGACUACUCUCUUGGAAUCUUGCCACCUACUUUCCUAAUACUUAUUUACAAAAUAUUUGUGUAUUUUAUUAGUAUGCAAUUUUAAACGGAAACAUUGUUUUUCAAAUGGGUAGCACAUAUUUUUAUUAGUUCAAAUAUUCUAAUGUUUGUGUCUAAAAUAAAUGUAACUGUGAAUA